AUGAAUUCCCUAUCCGUUAGGGCCCCCUUGCAGGUCGCAGGAAGGAUGCAGUAUCUGCUGGCUAUGCGAACCUGCUCGGGCGUUGCAAUGUCAGCAUCUAACCCCGCAUGUGGAGUCACUAGACGCACGCCGACAUUCAGCCUCACGUCCAAGCGCCUCAUCUCAUCAACGGCUCAAAAACAGAUCAAGGAAUUCUUCCCAGCACCCGAAACCCCAAACAUCAAGAGAGUGCAAUCGGCGUGGGCACAUCCAGUAUACAACGAGGCACAGGUGCAAAAUGUCACCAUUGCACACCGACAGGCCAAAAAUUGGUCCGAUUGGGUUGCCUUGGGCACUGUCCGUGUUUUCCGAUGGGGUAUGGAUCUGGCAACUGGAUACAAGCACCCAAAGCCAGGCAAGGAACUGCCUGAUAGCUUCAAAAUGACAGAGCAAAAGUGGCUCUCGCGGUUUAUCUUUCUGGAAAGUGUGGCCGCUGUGCCCGGAAUGGUGGGUGGCAUGCUGCGACAUCUCCGAAGUCUUCGUAAAAUGAAAAGAGACAAUGGAUGGAUUGAAACCCUACUGGAAGAAGCGUUCAACGAACGCAUGCAUCUCCUUACCUUCUUGAAACUAGCCGAACCCGGCCUAUUUAUGCGCCUUAUGGUCCUCGGCGCCCAGGGUGUCUUUUUCAAUGGUUUCUUCCUAGCAUAUUUGGCCUCUCCCCGUAUCUGCCACAGAUUCGUGGGAUAUCUAGAGGAGGAAGCGGUCAUUACUUACACCCGUGCAGUCGAGGAAUUGGAGGCCGGCAAACUUCCGCAGUGGAAAAAUCUUGAUGCACCCGAGAUUGCAGUUCAAUACUGGCAGAUGCCAGAGGGCCAGCGCAAGAUGAGGGACCUGUUGCUAUUUGUCCGUGCCGACGAGGCCAAGCACCGCGAGGUUAAUCACACUCUCGGAAACCUCAACCAAAAUCUCGAUCCCAACCCAUAUCAGACUGAAUAUGCUGACCCAAACCGGGAGCAUCCAACAAAGAGCUUUGAAGAAACGAAACCAACAGGAUGGGCCCGGAAGGAUGUUUUCUCGCUUGACCCGAAAAAUGUCGAACCCUGA